CUUUCUAUAUUACAAGUAAAAAUAAGUAACAUUUUUUUAGGUUUCUUGGUGGUUACAGUCAUGCUCUCGGAACCUCGAUGCCAUCCUGUCUGAGAAAUUAGGGUUAAGAGAAUGUCACCCUAGAAUUUUGAUGAAGUUAAACUUGAAUUUGGGGAUAUUUCAGAUUAGCGCCAAGGAUUUUUGGCGUGAAAACGAAUAUGGAGGGAAGGCUACAAUAUAUGUUCUGGUUUUUGUCAUAACAGUUCAAAUUUUCAGGAGACUCUUUGGUCUGAGACUUCGACGAAGUGAUUCUUCGGUUAGGGUUUUGAAUGCUUCGAUAACUGAUUCGUCAGCAAUUGGAAUAUCGGAGAUUGUAUCAAACUCUGAUUUACGAAACUUGAUUGAUGAUUUGGAUGGUAAAGGGAGUGAAUCCCAAAAGUGGGAAUCUGUUAUAGAGAAAAGCAACAAUCUCAUAUACUACAAUGCGAAGUGCUGCAAGCCAAAGGAUGGCCCUUUGAAAUACAUUAGCGUGACAACAUUUGAGAACUGCUCGACUGAGCUGCUGAGGGACUUCUACUUGGAUAACAAGUACAGAAAGGAGUGGGAUAAGACACUUGUUGAACACGAGCAGUUGCAGGUUUAUGAGCAGAAUGGCACAGAGAUUGGGCGCACCAUCAAGAAGUUCCCACUUCUCACACCUAGAGAGUAUGUCUUGGCAUGGCGUGUAUGGGAAGGAACGGAUAAAACAUUAUAUUGCUAUAUGAAGGAUUGUGAUCAUCCUUUGGCACCACCACAGAAGAAAUAUGUACGAGUUGGGCUUUUCAGAUCUGGUUGGCGGAUCCGGAAAGUUCCCGGAAGAGAUGCUUGUGAGAUAAAAAUGGUGCACCAAGAAGAUGCUGGUCUGAAUAUUGAAAUGGCAAAGCUAGCAUUUGCCAAGGGGAUUUGGAGUUAUGUGUGCAAGAUGAACAUGGCUCUGCGAAAAUAUGCCCUUAUAAGGCCGAUGUCAGGGCGAUGCUCGCUGGAGCUUAUACAAAAGGUUCCCCUAGAACUGGAGAUGACCCGUCUCGAGGGCUCAAGCUCAAGCCCUGGCUUUAGGAAGGACAAGAGAGAAGCCAAAGACAAGAAAUUCUUGAAGAGACCUUCAAAGAAAUUCAUAGCAAACGGUUUACUUCUCCUUGGUGGUGCAGUUUGUCUAUCUCGUAGCCACUAUAUGCUUGGGGCCAAGCUAGCCAUGGUAUGCAUAUUGAACAAGCUGGUUAAGCAUCAAGCCCCUUCCAGCCCAUCUGAAGCAAAACGGCAUGCGCAUGUGGAAUCAAGCUCUCGGCUUAGCAGGUGAUCGAUUGAAACUGUUCUCUAGGUUCUCUAAUUUGUUCUAGUUUUGCUUUGUAUAUAAGAUGCUUUGUAUUUUCUUUUCUGGAAAGUGUAUGCUUAAUGUUUAGUGUGACUGUAAUAUCGCUUUUACUACAGAUGCUGUAUUGUUGUAAUUGCCAAAUUUGGCGGUAACCGAACUUUGUUUUUUGUCUCUCUUUUCUUUAAGUAAGUACUUGGCUUUAGGUUAAA